GCGUGCUGGUCAAUGACAUCAUGGCAUCAAUAUUGACACGUAAUGAUCGAGGUAUUUCUACAUGAUAGUCGCUUGGUCCACGGUAUCGUGUUGGAAGUCUUGACGGUCUUGACGUUUGGCAAUAUUUUAUCGAGCUGUGUGAGAGGAUUCUGUGAAAAAUGAUGUAAAUUCAAGUAUAAAAUCAAAGAUGAGUAUCGGUAAGAUGGCCUGUCCUGGAGGCGGCCUGUACGUUGUCGAGGGUGAAGUCAGCCUGCUUAUGACAGCUAUGCGCCGAGGUGCCCGAUGGUCUUCACAUUCUCAUCAGGAUGAAGAUCAGGAUACACUAAUGAAAGGAUUAGCAUCUUUGAAGGAAGCGCUGAAUGAUGCAGACAAUCUAGCUCAGCUAGAACCUGGUGUAUUUUUAGCCCCAUUUCUUGAAGUCAUCAGAUCUGAGGAAACAACUGGCCCUGUCACUAGUCUAGCACUAUCGGCAGUUAACAAGAUUAUCUCAUAUGGCCUCAUUGAUCCUGACCAUGGUGCAGUUGCUUCCUGCGUUGAGUCUGUUGCUGAUGCUGUUACUCAUGCAAGAUUUGUGGGAACAGAUGCAUCAGGAGAUGGGGUAGUUCUCAUGCGAAUUUUGCAAGUCCUCAGAGGUCUUAUGUUGGCUCCUGCCGGUAACUUUCUCUCAAAUGAGAGUGUAUGUGAAAUUAUGCUCAGCUGCUUCAGGAUAUGCUUCGAAACAAGACUCAGUGAGCUGCUGCGACGGACUGCAGAGCACUGUUUGAGGGACAUGGUACAGCAUUUGUUCACCCGACUACCACAAUUUGUAGAUGAUACAAGAGUCCUUUUAAAUAUGAAAAAAAUGAGAACCAAUGGCAUGGAAAAUACUCGCACUAAGAACAGAAAAAAUAAGACCUAUGCCAAACAAAAAUCGAAAUUAACUCCUGAUGACGAUGAAAGUGAAACUCAACUUCUUAGUCCUGUUGAAAGAGUGAGAGCUGGUCAUUUAGCAACUACGCCUGUUACACCGAGUAGUAAUAUCGUUGACAUGCAGGGAUCGCUAGAUCGUGGUACUCCAGACCGUGCAGAUGAAGAAAAAAAUGAGAACAAAGAUAAUUCCAGUAAAACUGAAGAGCCAGAUAAAAGUCAAAUAAUUACAGAGGCUAAGGAACAAGAUAAAGCAAACGAUCCGACCAAAAAUGAAGAAUCUGGUAAAGUUGAAAAUAAAGAAAGCUUAGAAACCGGAAAAAGAUUACCAAACGAUGCAGUGAUCCAUAGUGAAGAUAAAAUAGAAAAGCCCACUGAGUUGGAGCAUAAACUUUCAUCCCCACAGAAUCAAAGUGAUACAGAGGUAAACUCAAUUGAGGAAGAAAACAAAACUUUGAAUUUAGUACAAUCUCCAACUGGAAGCAUAGAAGAUUUGUCGGUAGACGAUAAUGGUAAUACCAAUAGAGAAGCAGGAUUGCCAAAGAUAAAGGUUGAAGCUGAUCCCCCAGAAGAGUACGUAAAUACUCAAGGAGUGAGAUUUACGCCUCUUCAGCAAUUGGCACCGUAUGGAUCUCUGUGCGUUCGGGAGCUCUUUAGAUUUUUAGUUUCCCUUUGCAGCCCUCUUGAUAAGCAGAACACUGAAGUUAUGAUGCACUUAGGGCUCAGCUUGCUUCAGGUAGCGCUGGAGGUCUCCGCGGAUGCUCUUGCUAAUUUUCCGUCUCUACUGUCGCUUGUUAAAGACGACCUGUGCAGAAAUUUGAUUCUGUUACUAGGUUCAGACAGGCUGUCAAUCCUUGCAGCAGAUCUUCAAGUCUCAUUUUUAUUAUUCGAAUCACUACGAGAGUAUCUGAAAUUUCAAAUGGAGUAUUAUUUCAUGAAAUUGAUGGAGCUGGUUAAUUCAGAUUCGAAUAGGAUAACGUAUGAACAACGCGAAUUAGCAUUAGAAGCAAUAGUAAGAUUGUGGAGAAUACCUGGUUUGCCAGCAGAAUUAUAUCUAAAUUUUGACUGUGGUCUGUACUCUACAAAUCUCUAUGAAGAUCUCACGAAACUACUUUCAAAGAAUGCCUCAGCACUAUCUGCUGGCAUCCACAGUAUGCAGUUAAUAUCCCUAGAUGCUCUAAUAAUGUUGAUUGAAGGAAUAGAGUCUCGAUGUAAAGGAGUAGAGGAACAGAGAAAAGCUCCAAGACAUCCACCAUCACAUAAUUUACCCAAUAGAGAAGAAUUAUUGGCUACUAAGGCUAACAAAAGAUGGCUGGUUCUCGGGACUGAGCAAUUCAACGAAAAACCAAGGUCUGGAAUUAAUAUCUUGUCAGAACGUGGCUUAUUAGGAGGUACACCAGGGCACCCAGACCCACAGAUGAUCGCAAAGUUGUUGAGAGAAAAUCCAGGUCUGGAUAAAAAAGAAAUAGGAGAAUAUAUUAGUAGACGAGACAACAGAGCGGUUUUAGAGUGCUUUGUGAAAAGUUUUGAUCUUCGACAAACACGUGUUGACCAAGCAUUACGGCUCUAUCUAGAAUCGUUUAGAUUACCAGGUGAAGCGCCGCUCAUAUCCCUGCUGCUGGAACAUUUUGCUGAACAUUGGCACACCAGUAAUGGAGAACCAUUUGCAUCUGCGGACGCAGCAUUUACAUUAGCCUAUGCCGUAAUUAUGUUGAAUGUUGAUCAACACAAUUAUAAUGUGAAACGUCAGAAUAAUCCCAUGACACCAGAAGAGUUCAAAAAAAACUUGAAAAAAGUCAAUGGUGGUGCUGAUUUUGACCAAGACAUGUUGGAUGAAAUGUACACCGCUAUCAAAAACGAAGAAAUAGUCAUGCCAGCUGAACAAACUGGAUUAGUAAGAGAAAACUAUUUAUGGAAAGUGUUAUUACGUCGAGGUGCUGGGCCAGAAAGUAAUUAUUUGAGAGUUGGACGAGGAGGAGAACUUGUAGACAGAGAUUUGGCAAUACAUGCUUGGGCACCAGUUGUCACCGCUUUGUGUAGGGCUUACGACAAGGCCCCUGAUAGACCAUUACAACGCAGAGUCGCUCGAGCCUUUCUGAGGUGUGCCUCGAUCAGCGCCCACUACGGAAUGAGUAGUGAUUUAGAUACUUUGGUAGUUAGCCUGUGUAAAUUUACAGGUCUUGCUACAGGUGGUGAACUUGAACAGCUUGUUCUGCAAUUAGGGGGUAGUGGCCGUAGCCAAUUGGCUGCACGAACAUUAUUUGAGGUCACUCAUCGACACGGAGAUGCACUUAGAGCAUCCUGGAGAAAUGUAGUAGAUUGUUUGCAAGCAGUGUACAGAGCUAGGCUACUACCAAGGAUUCUUACAGAAGGAGAAGACUUUCUUGAUGUUUCGGGAAAAGUAUCCCUUAUUCGUGAACCUGCUACCCCCAGAGCACCCCCUGCUGAACAGAGUAUUUUAUCUAGUUUAUAUUCAUAUAUCGCGCUGGAUGCACCUCGAGUUCCACAUCCAGCUGAGGCUACAGCUCGAAGAAGAGCAACUCAAUGUGUUACAGACUGCCGACUUGAAUUGAUUAUCGCCGAAAGCAAAUUCCUACAGGUGGAGUCACUUCGGUCCCUAGUAGGAGCCCUGGUUGCAGCAAACCCCCAAGAUGAGGAUCUUUCGGUGUUUCUAUUAGAACUUCUACUUAAAGUUACGAUUCAAAAUCGCGAUAGAGUAAUGUGUAUCUGGCCGAUUGUUCAAGCGCAUAUCGAAGGGCUUUUAACUACAGCAGCUCGGGAAAAUCACGCUUACCUUCUGGAAAGAGUUGCAGUUGGAAUGUUGAGAUUAGCUAUCCGGCUGUUACGUGGAGAAGAAUUAGCUGGUGCUGUCUUACCACCGUUGACACCAUUGACCCAUCUACCCUCAGCGACUACUGCAACCUUGGCAAGGCAACUUGCAUAUGGAUUAUUCGAACUUUUAAAAACAGGUGCUGCAAACAUUCAUACGACAGAAGAUUGGAAAGUUGUGUUUAGCCUAUUGGAAUGUGCUGGUGCUGGAGCAUUAGCUCCCAAACAUUCGAAUACCGUUUUAGACGAUGUACCAAGCAGGACGUCGGUUUUAGAUCCAAGACCUGUUAGUCCAGUGCCAGAAUGGGUAUUGGUCUCUCCAACUGGUACAGAAGCACCUCUGCCAGUCACUGCGGAUAUAAUUAUUUUGGACCGAGAUCUACACGAUCAUGAUCCAGCUGCACUUGUUAAAUGUUGUGAAAGCCUUGCAUUUCUAGUAAGAGAUGUUGCUCAUGUGACACCGUUCAACUUUGAAUUGUGUGUACGAUGUGUCAGAACUUUUGCAGAGGCUGUAUUAAUUGGUGCUGGAAAGCGCCACAGAGCCCAGAGUACACAGGAAGAACCGGCUGGGUAUCAACAAACGCCCAUUCAAUUGCUCGAUUUAAUGCACACACUGCAUACUAGAACAGCGCAAGUAUUUCGGUGGUGGGCUGAAGAGGGAGGUGCUGCUGAGGGAGUUUCUUUGUGGCCUCAGGGGUGGCGACCGUUGCUGCAGGGAAUAGCGAGACUGUGUUGUGAUGCGCGAAGGUCUGUCCGAACAUCUGCUGUAACUUACCUGCAGAGAGCUUUGUUAGCUCAUGAUUUAGCUCAAUUAGCCGCGGCGGAAUGGUCGCAAUGUCUGGAACAUGUUUUAUUUCCAUUGUUGGCUCAGCUUUUGGGUCCAAUAGCCCCAAACGACCCCAUUGGGGUAGAAGAAACCAGAGUUCGAGCUGCAACCUUGCUUUCAAAAGUAUUCCUGCAUCACUUAACUCCGUUGCUGACACUGCCUGGAUUUUUACCGAUAUGGCUCACUGUUCUAGAUUUACUAAAAGCAUAUAUGCAUGCUGAUAAUAGUGAAUUGUUAUUUGAAGCUAUUCCUGAGUCGUUGAAGAAUAUGUUACUUGUAAUGGCAUCGGCGGGAGUAUUAGCUUCAAGUUCGAAUUUGUGGUUACCAACGUGGCGAGCAAUUGAUACUUUCCUUCCCAAUUUGAAGAUUGAAUUAUUCCCAGAGCCAGCGCCACAACCACCUCAACAUUCUAAGCCACAAGUUGUGACUCUAGUCGGCCAUCAGCAACCUUCAUUUCCAAGUCCGAUUGCACCUCAACCAGAAAUGUCUUCUCCAACGCAUUCUCCACCCCAAUCUGAACCAAUCAGAGAAAUUCCAGUUACCGAUGCGCAAGUAGCUCCUGCAUCGCCAAUCACAAUUAAAUCAAAUUCCGCAACGACAAUGCCAAUUCCAGUAUCAGUGCAAUCUCUCGCGCUUGAGAACAAGGAACCUCAACAAGUCAUUACGCUCGUUAAUCAACCAGCUCCAAGCGUAGCUAGCCCUGUAGCUGUCCAACCAAUGGCCCAGCAGGUAUUCGAACUUCCUCGUGGAUUAAAUCAAGAAACAAAAUUCGAAGAUGAAGAACAGCCACAAGUUGAUUUUGAACAACAAAGUCACCAAAAAAUUCAUCAACAUCCAACAACGGAUAUAGAACAGCCAUAUCCUGCACCGCAGCCGGCGGAAUUCGAUAACGAUAAAUCUCUUGGAGAAAAUGACCAACAUAAGCUUGUUAAACAGCAGAAUGAAGCGCAAAUUUUUGUGGUUCAACCGCCACAACCACAGCACCAAUAUUUGCAUCUACACCAACAACAAGCGCAUCAACAACAGCUCCAGUAUCCGGGGGUGGCUAGUCCAGUUCAUCAAGUACAUCUGUCUUCUUCUCCGGUCAUGACUACUGAGGGAACCUCGUCGGCUACUGUCUUUAACUCUGCAGCAUAUUUCUCAGAAGAUCCGGCGGCGGACCGACUUUUCGCAGUCACCACGCCGUGACAACUGUACAUUCUUUAUGUAUAUUGUAUCAUAUAAAUUUUAUUCUUAAGUUUUAUCAAACUCCUUAUUAAAAAUUUACAGGUAUGAAAAAAAAUGAAACGAACAGGCACUCCAGUAUCUUUGGCUUGUAUGUUUGGUACAGCGAUAUAAUAAUAACAAUAUUAAUUAUACAAUAAUAAUUCUUUGUAUAUAAAGUUCUCUUUGUCAUGGCACCUGGUGAGUAAAUAAUUAUACAGAAUAUGAUUAUAACAUAUACAACCUGAAAUAUAUAUAAAUAUAUAUGUAUAAAAUAUUGAAUAAUACGAAUUUAUACAGAUUAA